AUGAGGUCGAAGCGCCCAGAGACCUGGGUUGAAACGUUCGCGAGCAUGUGGACGGUUUCAUCUGUGAUGUGGUCAAUGCGAGGCUCGGCACUAUAUGACAUCUCCACAGACAAAGUCACCGUUAUCGCAAGCGCUCGACUUGCGUCACACCGCGCUUUGCUGUUGUCUGAACGGGAGCGAGGUGGGUUUGCUAAGGUGGCCGAGGAAGCGAUGGAAAACGACGCAGAGGCGUUGAGCGGUCUCCUGUCAAGGAUCGGGAGCUAUGGAUGUCCAGGCCCGUUCAGGCUUAGUCAGGUCCGUUUAAUCUGCAAAUGA